AUGUCAUUAAUAGAUUAUUAUCAGAAAAGAAGAUUUUACCAUCUUAGACAAAGAUUACCAAUAGUUAUAGAAAACAGUAAUAGAUUAUCACACAGAGUUGCCAAUGAAAUCUUAAAGAUUCUAUUGAAAGAGGUUAUUGGGUACACUGAUGUGGAAUUAUUAAAUGAAGAUUCUAUGAAUGCUACUGGUAUUUUAGAUAGAAUAGCAGGCUGUUCAGUCCAACAUAUAGAAUCAGUACCAGAAACUAUGAUAAAUAUUGAGGUGUGGAUGGUAGCAGGUUUUGAUAAAUCACCAUGGACUUCUAUUGGUAGACUUAAUGAUUGUGGCCCACUUGGUCCUUAUGGCAGAAUUGGAUGGUUUAUGCAGACAGCUGUUGUAGAUGAAUUUUGGAAGAAUGGAAUCAUUAUAGACCAUUGGAAAUCAUUCCUAAGACCAGAAGUUAUUGAAAAGUUUUCAUGGACAAAUAACUUGACUCAUUUAGAUGUUUGUGUUGAAGUGGAUUGUUUAUCUAGAAUAUAUAAACCACCUAUUUGUUCAAAUACAACUUGUGCUACACUCUUCACUAGUUAUUAUCGUUUAGAUAAUGAAGUUUUACAGGAACAAAUUCUAAAUCUGGAUUUACCAGUAGAAGUUGUAUCUCUUGGAAAUCGUCUGGCAUUUUUUGUCCAUAAACAAACUAUAGAGAAGAAACCAGUGCUAUUUUUUGAUUGGUAUCCUAAUUCUUUAACAGCUAGUCAUAACUAUACUCGUGUCAAACUUCCUAUCUGUAGUGGAGACCCUCUACAACAACCUUUUGAUUGUGAUUUUGAUGUGAAUCAGUUUUCUAAAGUUGUUUGGUUUAAAAUCAAAGAAAAUGCUCCAGAAGUUUAUAAUGUUGUCUCUAAGAUGACAUUUAGUCAGGAAGAAUAUGAGAAUAUAUUACAUAAACCAAUGAAUAUGUCAGAUUUUGAUAUAGCAUGUUCAUGGGUGAGAGAAAAUAAUAAAACUUGGAAACAUUGGCUGCCAACAGAUUUAUCCAACAAAACCAAAGUAUAUAUUGGUGGAUUAUUCCCCUUGACUGGACCAAAUUUAGAGCAGCCAGGAUUAGUUGAAGGUGCAAGAUUAGCAUUGGACUAUGUGAAUAAAGAAACAGAUAUCUUACCAAAACAUCAUUUAGAAUUAAUCAUAUCAGAUUCUGAAUGUAAACCAGAUGUAGCCAUGAAAGCCUUUAUUAAGUUAAUCAAUAGUAAAAUGAAAAUACCUUUAGCAGGAAUACUAGGACCAGCUUGUUCUGAUGCUGCUGAACCAAUAGCUGCCUUAUCAAAACAUUUUAAUAUGGUAGUUGUUAGCUAUGAAGCUGAGGCUGAUUCUUUAUCAAAUAGAAAUAAAUAUCCUUACUUCUUCCGUACAAUACCUCAAGUAGAUCAUCAUAGAUUUGUAUAUGAGAAGUUUUUUAAAGCUAUGGAAUGGUACCAUGUUGGUGCUCUAGCAGAAGCUGGACAAGAAUUACCAGAAUAUCAUAUAGAAUUACAAGAACAUCUACAUAAAGAAGGAAUAUCUGUCUCAGUUAAACGUAAAAUAACUAAAGAUGCUCAGGAAUUGGAUGUUUCUCAGAUAUUUUCUGAUCUCAGAUCUCAGAAUGUCAGAAUAAUUAUUGCUGAUUUUUUUGUUGGUGCUGCUCGAGCUAUCAUGUGUGAAGCUUAUAGACAGAAAAUGACAGCUCAUCAAGGCUAUGUGUGGUUUUUACCAUCUUGGUACACAACAGAUUGGUGGGAUGUUGAUUUCUAUAACAGUCCACCUAAUCCUGGUGAUUUUAGACCUCAAGAAUCAGUACCAUGUACUACUGAAGAAAUAUUGUACGCUAUAGAUGGUCAUUUUAUUUUGACUAAAGCGUUCACUGAUGUUGAUAAUAAAUUAGUAGCUGGUGGUAUAACAGUCAAGGAUUAUAAAGAUCAGUAUUCAGUUAGAGUUGAAGAGAGUGAAUUUUCUAGUUUUGUUUAUGAUGGUGUUUGGGUAUUUGCUCAUGCUUUACAUAAAUUAUUGUCUCGUCAUCCUGGUGUGGAAAAAAGACUACAAGAUCCAGAUGUUCAUAAUGUGUUUAUGGAUGCGCUAAAUGAAACGAGUUUUCAAGGUGUAUCUGGGUAUAUACAAUUUGAUGGUAGUGAUAGAUUGGGUAAUGUAGAUGUCAUCCAGUUCUUUCACAAUGAGACUAGAUUAAUAGGACGGUAUACUCCACUAGGAAAUAAUGAUGAAGGUUAUCUAGAAAUUUAUAAUAAACGAAUCAAAUGGUUAACACCAACAGGAAUGAGACCAAAUGAUGGUCAUGAUUCCCACAGUCAGUGUGCUAUAGAGGCAUUUAGAUUGUUUUUAGGAUGUACAUGUGAUAUGGCUGUUACAGUAGCUAAUAUUAUGGGGUUUGCUGCCUUUAUCUGUGUUACUAUUAUCUGUCUUGUUCUUAUCAAAUGCAGAUAUGAUGCAAAAGUAAGAGUUACUACAGAGAGAAUGAAAGAGUUGGGAUUAUUCUCUACAGAUUUUGCCCAAUGUUUAUCAUUAGAUCAAUGGGAAGUGAACAGAGAGUGUGUUGUAUUAAAUAGAAGAUUAGGUGAAGGUGCAUUUGGAACUGUUUAUGGUGGUGAAGCUUUCCUGGAUCCUGAGGGAUGGGUAGCUGUUGCUGUUAAAACUUUAAAGAUUGGGUCAACAAUGGAGGAGAAGUUGAAUUUUUUAAGUGAAGCUGAAGUAAUGAAGAGAUUUAAACAUGAUAAUAUUGUACAGUUAUUAGGUGUUUGUACAAGGGGAGAACCUGUAUAUUGCAUCAUGGAGUUUAUGUUGCAUGGUGACUUGAAAACUUACCUAUUGUCAAGAAGAAAUAUUGUUGAUAAUAAAGAUAUUAGAGAAGCUGAAGAUAUAAAUGCUACCAGUUUAACACAAAUGGCUAAAGAUAUAGCUUCUGGUUUGAUAUAUUUACAUGGUCUCCGAUAUGUUCAUAGAGAUUUAGCUUGUAGAAAUUGUUUAGUACAUGCUGAUAAAACUGUUAAAUUAGCUGAUUUUGGUAUGACAAGAAAAAUGCAUGAUUCUGAUUAUUAUAGAUUUAAUAGAAAAGGCAUGUUACCUGUACGUUGGAUGUCACCAGAAAGUUUAUGGGAUGGUAUAUUUACAGCUAAAUCAGAUGUAUGGAGUUAUGGUGUAUUAAUUUAUGAGAUUAUAACAUUUGGUAGUUUUCCUUAUCAAGGCUUAUCAAAUAAUCAAGUAUUAGAAUACGUAAAAACAGGAAAUAAAUUAGUGAUGCCUAAUGGCUGUCCUGGGCCUGUCUAUGAUUUUCUGAACUGGUGUUUAUCUUUUGAUAUGAAAGCUAGACCAGACAUUCAUCAAAUAUGUGAAUUUUUGGAGAAAUUUCCUGAUUUAUUAACACCAUGUAUUGAAGCGCCAAUGACAAGUGUGGUAAUGGAGGAUACAGACUCUUUGGAGAUGGCGCUUCCAUCAAAUCAAAAUACUGUUAAUUUACCAGCGUCUCCUAUCGCUUACCUUCAUAGACGAUCUCUUGGUUCGCAGGAGAAGCUGCCUGUAGCUAGAAAAACUUCAAAUACAUUACAGCCAGGUACUAAAACAAUACCAAAGUCUCAAUCGCGGACUAUUUUAAUGCCAAAUGAUCAGUCUAGACGUAAUAGUAUUACCACACCGUUAGUCACACAGUAUGUAAAUUACGACAUACAUAGAAGUAGUUCUUAUCAGAAACAAUUAAUGACACUGGCAGCAGGUGAUACAAGUGAUUAUUUCAGUGAUAAUUCAAAAGAAAUUCAAAUACAAAAUUUGCGAGAGGGUGGUGUGAAAGAGAUUUGUCAAACAGUAACUUCAUUGUGA